AUGCAGAAAGAGCUGGAUACCAUCAAGAGGGACAUCGCCAACGUCGUGAAGCUCAUCCACUAUGAUCGUACAAAACCUGUGGUCAUUGAAAGUGACGCAUCUCCGAAAGGUCUCGGCGCUGUCUUAAUUCAGGAUGGUAAGCCAGUGCGUUUUCUUAGCAAAGCCCUCACGUCUGCGGAAACUAACUAUUCUAACAUAGAACGGGAACUCCUCGCAAUUCUAUUUGCAUGUGAGAAGCUACACACGUACACGUUCGGACGCGAAAUCAUUGUACACACAGAUCACAAACCACUGCAGUCCAUCUUCCAGAAACCGAUAAGCUUGGCACCAUCACGAUUACAGAGGAUGCUUCUUCGUCUCUCCAUCUACAAUGUUCAAGUGAAGUACGUUGGUUCCAAGAGUGUGCUAUUAGCUGAUACUCUGUCUCGUCUUGUGGAUCCUAGCAAAGCCAAAGAAAUCCCUGGCUUAGAUAUCAACAUCGCGCAAGUUAUCAAGGUGGAACCAGCUUGA